AUGCUUUGGCUGCGGAAGAUCGUAGUUCUGAACGGCCCCAGCGAACGCGUUACACCGAGUGGACCGAGUCCCCAGUUCCGCGCAGGAGCAGACGACGCCAGCGCUAACUGGUCGUGGACGGGGAGCCCUCGAGUUCGGGAUGCAAUGCCACUGCAUGCCACGUGCUUCCGUCCUCGACGAAGGGCUGUAGAGGGCUUCCUUGCUUCUCCCUCCUUCGCGCUGGGCACGGUGAAUUUCAUCUUCUCCCCCGUGACAUCCCAGAAGACCUUCCUCACGGGUUUGGGGACCUGUAUCACCAACAACGUGGCGAAUAACGCCGCCCUGGAUGCGGCCUCCCAGGCCCGUUACGCCGUCUGUGCCAUCGCUCUCAGCGUGGCGGAGAGUCAAUUGGUGAGAUUGGACAACCUCACGUGCACAAAGGCGACGACUUUUUCAACUUGUCAGACUUGCGUCAGGGCGCUGGGCACGGUGAACUGGAUCUUCUCCUCCGUGACAUCCCUGCAGACCUUCCUCACGGGUCUGGGGACCUGCAUCACCAACAACGUGGCGAACAACGCCAGCCUGGACGCGACCUCCAAGGCCCGCUACACCGCCUGUGUCACUUCCCUCAGCUUCAAGCUGGCCAAACCACGAGACCACGGAAAAGUAACGCUAAAACCAGACACCGGUUUUCUUUUUGACCUCGUCGAAUACAUCGAUGACACCGAAGUGCGCACGGAAUCGACGGGUCCCUGCGGCCGCAAAAUUGACAUAGUCAAGGAAGGGGGAUUCCACAAGAAGAACGGCGAAAGAGUUUCGGAAGUAGCCGUCGGCGCCAAGGCGACCGUAGGAAGAGCUGCCGUGAGGUGGAAUCUCUUUGCAGCCGACGCCGAAGGUCCACACGCCGGCGUGAAAGCUUACGGCAGACACAUCCCCCAGACACCGAUCGCAGAAGUGGGAGCGAUCGCCGAAGCGAGUCUCGGGAAAGCUGGAGUCACUGCAGGCCCAGUUCGCGCUGAAGUCAAUUUGAAUGUGGGUAUGGGUGCAAAAAUCAGCCCUUUGGGGAUGGAGGCGAAGUUCCUUGGAUUCGGAUAUGAAAUUGGCACUAGAACGGGCAUCAAUACGCCACUUGGGAGUCGGGAUGUCAUGGAUCGUUCCGUCGACCUGCUGCCCGAUCGGUCGACGAGGCGUGCUCGCGUCGACUCCUGCGGCUCGGAAACCAUGCCGCAGGCCCACGUCUCCCGUCCCAAUUUCUUUGCAAUAGAUGUGUCUGGUGUGUGGGGAUGGAAUCUUCGGUUGAAGGAAGGGUCCUUGUUCUCGGAUUCUGAGAGAAUUCCGGUGAGGAUCGUUCCGACGACAUCGUUCAAGGCGGCGAUGGCACGAAACCGAGUAACAAUAAAACCAGAUACUGGUUUCCUUUAUGAUGCUGUGGAGUAUAUCGAAGACGUGGAAGUGCGCACGGAAUCGGUAGGUCCCGGCAGCUAUGACUAUAUCAUCGACAAGGAAGGGGGAUUCCGCAAGAAGAACGGGAAGAGGGUUUCGGAAGUGGCCGUCGGCGCCAAGUCGACCACGGGAAGAGCUGCCGUGAGGUGGAAUCUCUUUUCAGCGGAAGCAGAAGGUCCUCAUGCCGGCGUGGGAGCUUACGGCAGUCACCUUCCCGAGACACCGAUCGUAGAAGUGGGAGCGAUCUCGGAAGCGAGUCUCGGAAAGGCUGGAGUCUGUGCAGGAGAAGUCUUCGCGUUGAAGUCAACUUGA